CCUCAUAUAUCAGAAACUGAACACAUUAAAUAUUUACACUUUAUUACUAGUGAAUACAUACUAAUAAGUGUUUGCUUUUAACAGCAAUUUUCAGUAUUGUUUUACGGGAAAGAAGAAAGAGACUCAUUCAUCUGGAGACUUCAGCUCAUUGUCGUCACUUCAGCGGGGAUGAUUAUGAUGAGGAAAGCCUCCAGAAAUGUUGGGAAGUACACACUGACACAAAAAUCCCAGCAGUACAAGAGGACUCAUUGUCGGGCCCGUCCGGCCAGAACCAUCAUGACACGCAGCCGACGAAACGUUCACAGCUGCGGCAGCUUCUUUCACAGGCUGCCGUCAGAGGUGCUCCACAUGAUCCUGGAUAAACUGUCUGUGCUGGAGAUCAGUGUGUUCAGCAUGGUGUCCAAGGAAAUCACUAGAUACCUUGUGGACUACAUCUCCACCCUGGCCUGGAAAAAUAAAAUGAUCGUUCAAAGCUUUCACCACUGCACCUGCCUUGAACAGAAAUCCGCUAUACGACACUACAGAGACCUGGGUUUGUUGUUCAAGAGAUGUACCCUGUUGCUACCAACAAAGGACAGGUUAAAGUUUAUCUUUAGCCAGUUUUCACAGAUUCCCUGCUUCAUGUUGGAGCAGUGUUUAGCAGCAGACUGCAUUGGCUUCUCCAGCUACGGAGUCUUCCUCCAGACACUGAUUGCAGGGUGGGAUGAGCUGGAGUGCCACAGAGUGUUCAACUUCCUGUGUGACCUCACAAAUCUGCUACAAAAAAUUCAGGCAGUCAUCACUGGAAAACCAGGGUUGAGGUGGUACCAGGAGCUGCAGCUCCGUCUAUUCUGCCGUCAGGUUCUGUUAGACCCGUGGCCGAACCAGCCCGAGUGUCAGUUCUGGCUAAUGCAGCUCCUGAAGCCUUGGCCCAUUGUCAGCCAGGCACACUUACUGUUCAUCUUCUAUGGACCUCUGCUUCCUGAGGGCACUCUUGGUUGGCAGGAUGUGGUGGAGAGGGGGCUGCCUCACAGCGCUCUGUGGGACCUGGCCAGGGCCAUCCUCCUGCUUUUCAGCAAACUAGAAGUCAAAGACAGGACCACCACUUCGAUGCUGGCAAUCUUGGAGGAGCUCAUUGUCAUUCCUCAGCCAUGGCAUGUGGAGAAUGUGGCUCGUCUCUUGGUGCUGUGUGGCAACAGCCUCUGCUACACUGUUCUAGCCAGCAAGGCUGUCAAUGGACGACUUAUUGAGAUCUCCAGACUCAUCGUGUACAUCAUACUGGUGUGUGAGAAGGACGGCUAUCACAUGUCCUGGGCGGUGAAGUUGGUGCAGCAGAUCUGCAAGGUGUUCAGCACGGCUGCUGAAAGGUUCUUCUUCAUCCAGCAACUGGAGAGCACGUUUUCAGAGGUCACCAGGCAGUUUUUUGAGUUUUCUAUCGCAGAGAACCAUUUUGAAGACAGGGAGACCUUCCAGUCCCUGUGCAUCCUCCUGGACUCCAGUGCUCGCUUCCACACUAAAUUCCUCCACAUGUUCCUCAAAUAGGAAUGACAAGAUGUAGAAGAUUGGAGGAGGAGUUGGAAAGAAAGAAAUGCCAAUAAUGAAGGGGGUUAACUAAAGAAGUGAACGAAAGUGAGAGUGAAGGACCUUUACAGCAAAAGUAAGAUCAAAUAGGAGGUGAAGACAGGGGAGUGUUGUCAUGGUAGCCUUGACAGUUUAGAUAAAUCUGGGGCUAUAAACAACACCACAUUUGUUGGUUGAAAGAGCUGUUUAAUAACUUUGGCUAAACAGCAUGGUUAUUUAUACAAAUUUUAUAUUUCUCAAAGUUUUAAAAUCUUGUUCUUCUUAAACAUCUUGCAUGUUUUAUGAACUGUAUUUAAUAUUUAUUAACAGUAACAUAAUUUAUUGACACUAUUUAUUAAUUUUUCACAUUGUUAAUAUAGUUGUAAUACAAUGAUUACAUUGUUUUUGUAUGAUUUAUUAAAUUGUUUUUCAGUUUCAAGGCA